UCUAAAACAAAAAUUGAUAGUGAAAAUGGCACACAUGGGUCCAGGCAGUGCUGGCUCAACUGCAGACCCUGAAUACUGGCAUAUCACUGGCGACAGCUUUCCUUCAAUCAAGUCAGAGAUGGACGCCGAGGAGGAACCUGAGCAUUUGACCAAAAUAAAAUUAAAAUUGCAAGACAUACAAGAGGCUCACAGCAAAAUCAAGAAAGACAUUAUAUUCACUCCAGUUGUCGAAGCAAAACAUGUCGGCAGAAAGUUUUGCAACGUAUUCUUCAAGCUAGAAAAUUUACAAUACACUGGAAGUUUCAAAGCACGUGGAGCUUGCAAUGCUUUAGCGUCACUAUCGCAUUCCGAGAGAAGUAAAGGUUGUACAAUUUCCGGGGGGCGAAACUUUCUUCUAGCAAUGACUUACUAUGGGCACAGAUAUUCUAUUCCAACGAGUGUGGUAGUGCCCAGGGACUGUCCUAUCGCAGACAGACACAGGUAUAGGGAAAACUAUGCUGUGGUGAAAAUGUAUGGUAGCGACCAAAACGACGCAAGUUUACACGCAUUGAGCUACUGUGAAGAAAUUGGAACUAAACAUAUGCACGGGUACGACCGUCUGGAUCUUAUGGCAGGUUACGGAACCAUAGGCCUUGAACUGUUGUGCCAGCUAGAUAAGAUAGACGCAAUCAUCUGUCCUGUUGGCAGCGGAGGACUCAUCGCUAGUCUUAUAGUGGCCGUCAAGAGCCUUAAGCCGAAAUGUUUGAUUUACGGCGCAGAGUGUGCCUCCUGUCCUGUAAUGACCCGCGCCCUGCAAGAAAAGAAACCCGUAAUGGUCCAGUUAAACGCUACUAUUGCCGACAGUCUUGCGAACAACAUCGCAGGCAUGAACGCUUUCAACGUCAUCAAGGGAUACCUGGAUAGAAUUGUGACCGUCGAUGAAAGAAUGAUCUCUCGCGCGAUGAUUAUGCUUUUGGAGCGAGAGAAGCUGAUAGUGGAAGGAGCAGCGGCGUGUCCCGUCGCUGCUCUUUUGGGCGGACGGGUUCCAGAGCUGGCUGGAAAAAUUGUCGUGUGCAUCGUAUCAGGCGGUAACGUGAAUAGUAUGCGUAUGGCGCGUGUCAUCGACCGCGGUCUGGCAGCCGAUGGACGUCUGGUGAAGUUCAUGGCGACAGUGCCAGAUGUACCAGGGGCUAUAGCUAGGCUGCUCGUGAAAGUGGGAGAGACAGGUGCUGAUGUGAGGAGCAUGGUACCUGAACGAACAUGGAUGAAGAGAGAUAUUUUUUCUAUAUCUGUGAGUAAGAUUUAA